AUGAAUAAGCCACCGGACAAUAAAGUAAAUUUACCUCCCAAUUUACCUGCACUCAAAUGGGACAAAACAAAGCAAUCAAACUUUACAUCGAACGAACCGGUAUACCUACUCAUGUCCAGACCCAAUAACUCAGACAAUUUAAAGAAUGUAUCACCUUUUUUGAUUCAAAAAGCAAUCAACUCAACUUGCGGCGAAGUUGAAUAUUGCAAAAAAAUUAUUAGCGGCCAAAUUUUGAUCAAAACCAAAAACGGCUCACAAGCGAACAAAUUAACGACACUAACAGCGCUUUCAAACACAAUCAUAGUUGAGAUUACACCACACAAGACACUUAAUUAUUCGAAAGGCGUAAUAUAUUGUAACGAACUAAGAUCAAUACCCGAAAGUGAAAUCCUCGAUGAACUAAAACCCCAAAAUGUAUGCGAGGUGAAAAAAAUACUCAAAAAAGUGAACAAUGACCUGAUUGAAACAGGAUUAAUUAUAUUAACAUUUGCCACAACAACAUUGCCAACGAAAAUACACAUCGGUUAUAUUAAAACAACAGUUCGCCCAUACAUCCCCCCACCAAUGCGAUGCAAAAAUUGUUUUAAAUUUAAUCACGUAGCAAAAUUCUGCAAAAGUCCAAAGUCCUGCCAUAACUGUGCAAGCAAUUACCAUGUUAACGACGAAAACCAAGAGAAAUGUAAUAAUCCUACGAAAUGCGGCAAUUGCGAUGCGAACGGACUAACAUGUACUAAUCACACCACUCUCGACAAAAAAUGUCCCAUAUUCAUACGCGAGAAAGAAAUCCAAACAAUUAAGACACCUCACAAGUCGACAACAAAACUGCACGAGCUAUUUACAAAGAACGACAUCCACACAACAACUACACUGCAGAAGUCACCAGUCAACAUACUUCUAAACAAACAACACUCAACUCACAAUCAGAACAUCAAAACUCACCACACUUUAAUCACCCACUCGCAGUACAGCCAACAAAACCACCAACAAAGCCAACCACACCAACUACCAAUUCUCUCACUGAAAAUAGCAUGGAAAGACAAAUCAUGCAAUAUUCAGAUGUAA